UAUUCAAAUCGCCUCGUUCCCGCGUGCACAUGUGAAAGUUUGGGGACAGUCCGGACGUUUCGAGUCUGUGGCGCGUCCUUGUUAUUUUCUCCAAACCCUGGAGCCAUUCUUUGAGGAAAAGGCAUGAGUGGCAUGCAAAAGUCUGAUGUCGGGCCCAGUAAACACAACGGGACGGAUACGUACGACGUUUUUGUGGGAGGGCUUCCAGAUACAGCCACUGACAGGCUAGUGAAAACCCGGUUUAAUACCUUUGGAGAGAUCCACUCAAUAGCUGUGUUCAAAGGAAAAUACCCGGGCACCAAAGUUGCAUUCGUGCGGUUCUUCAGUAAGCUGGAUGCUGACAAGGCCGUCAUGGAGACCAAUGGGGAGACCUUUGAUGGCAAGUUCCUCAUGGUGAGGCGCACUCAAGUUCGUGAACAGUCAUCAGAGGAGAAUAACAACAAGCCGUCCUCGGGAAGAGGGAACUGGAACAAGGAGCACCACCUGAGGAACGCCACAAAUGGGUCUUCUGCUGUAGCACCAGGGAUGGAGGAGAGGCAGGUGUUUGUGACACAGGUGGAUGAUGUUUGCACCUUCUGGGGCCAGAACAUGAAGGUUGGAGAGAAGAUAGUGCAGUUCUCUGAGGAGCUGCAAAAUGUCUGUCCCAAAGGGCUGCCUCUCACUUCUGCACCCAAGCCCCGGCAGCUGUAUGGAGCCAAGUUUGCAGAAGACGAGCAGUGGUACAGGUGCAGGGUCAUCAACAUGGUAUCGGAUGAUCAGGCUCUGGUGCAGUAUGUGGAUUAUGGUAACACUGAGACAAUACAGUGGAGGGAGAUUCACCAGCUUCCACUGGACUUUGCCACGUUACCCCCGUAUGCUGAGCGCUACCGGCUCACGGGAAUGGUACCUGCUGCUCAGGAUCAGGAACAGGGCGUUGAGUUCCUUAAGAAGUUGAUAGAGAACCAGGCUGUCCAGGUGAAGGUCCGUGCCACACCUGAUGACGGGCCUAUAGAUGCUGAUGUCACAGUGGGCGGGGUGGAUGUCGGCCAAUCCCUGGUGGAGAAAGGGUUCAUAGUGCAGCGACCUGUGAAGCGGUCGCCUGUUCAACCCACGCCUCGCACUGCAGAAAUGGUGGACAGGUCAAUGGGAGACAACCGGGAUGGGCAACGACUGGACCAAGUAGAGUCUCUCAAAGGAAAACUUGCGGACAUGGAGAACUGUAUCAAGGUGUUCAUUCAAGAGAAGCACACUCUUCAGGAUCAGAUGAAUAAACAACACAACAUUCUGGAGCUCCAAGCACUGGAAAUCCAGGAGAAACAGAAGAAACUGGAUGAUGUGCAGAAGAUGGUUCAGGAGAAAGACAUGGCCCUGCAGCAGCUGAGGGCAGAGAUCCAGGAGAAGGACAAGCUGAUAGACAACAGCAUCUCACACCAGAUUCAGGCAGUGGGAGUUCAGGUGACGAAAGUCAAGCUGAGCAGAAAGGAAAUGCCGGUGGAACAGGAGGUCCCCGAUCCCAUCCAAAAGGCCAUCGCCAUGGUUACAGACAAAAAACAGCGCGUCGGCGCUGCGGACAUCCAGUCUGUGCUGAAGGUGUCGGCAGCCCUGGGGACUCUGAAGAACCUGCAGGAACAGAUCACUGCCUGGGGGGAGAAGGACGAUACUCUUACCAGGCUGAUAGCUGAGAGGAACGAUGCCCGCCGGGAUGCCCAGACUGCGAUAACAGAGUGUGUUGAGGAGAUGCAGAACCUGCCGCUGGAGUCUCGCCUGUGUUCCCUUCAGGACACUGUCUCCAGUAUUGAGGAGACGUACAAGAAGUACGUGUCAUCCGACGGCACGAUUGGAGGCAAGGCCAGCACCGAGACCUUUCAGACCUUCAUCGAGUGGCGUGGUCUACCUAUGGCCUACAGAGUAUCAAAACUGAGCCAGAAAGCCCAGAGUCUCCAGUCUCUGCGCCGAGCAACAGACCAACAUUGUAAGGAAGUGUGCCACGAGUUGAAGGCAGUUGUGCAGUCCCUUACUAGCCUCCUGACGGGAGAGCCAGGGAAUGACGUGGACACAGACAGCCCUGGGAACAGCCUGUCUGAGCUCCUGUCAGACUUUAGCCAUGUCAUGGAGCAGGAGCUGACUGAUUCCAGGGUGGAGGAGGGAGCAGACGUCAAGCUCAUGACUAAAGUGGUGAACAUGCUGCUCAACGACCUGAGGGGGGAGAUAGCAGACAUCCACAAACUACAGGGUCUUCUUGCAAGGAAUCUGAAGUGCAAGGAAGACAUGUCACGCUGGAUCACCAACCAGCCAGACUUGGAACCCUUAAGGCUGGUAAAGAAGGAAAUAAGGGCGCUGAAAUCUGAGAUACGUCACAAGAUGGCUGACAAACAGGAUCUGGAGGAAGAGGGCUGCACAGGUGCGCAGCUGCAGCAGGUGGAAAGCCAGCUGUUGGACCUGAGAGCAAAGAUCCAGGAUGCCUUCAUCAGGGAGCAUCAGCUGAUGGAGGCAGCAGCUACACACGCGGGCUCCCACUUCCCAGAACUACCUCUGAUGUAUCCCGAGCUCAACCUGGCACCCUUCAUGGAGAAUAAUGGCCUUGUGAAGGUGGGAUGGGAGCUAGAUCACUACAACAUGUCCUCAGUCCCCCUAGCGCUCACUAGAGGUAGUGCAGCUGCCAUUUUGACCACCUUCAACAACAACCCAGUUGUGGUCAAGGAGUACAUAAUCGAGGGAGGGGAGGGGAGUGAGAGAUCUAAGAAGGCCAUCUUGGCUAGAGCAAAGGAGUUCCACAGCUUCAAGCACCCCAGCCUCAUAUCUGUGGAGGCCAUCUUCUUCAGCAAGACAAUGAGACAGAUGUACGUUCAGAUGCCGUAUUACCUUGGAUCCAGUCUGACGGAGCUACAGGACUCCAACCCUCUCAACAACUUGGAGACAUUCUUGGUCCUGAAAGGCAUUCUGGAAGGGUUGUACCAUUUGCACAGCAGGGGUGUUUCCCAUGGUGCAGUCACCCCUCAGUAUGUGCUAGCACCAGGACGGACACAGGGCAUCCUGGACAACUAUGACUUCGCCAAGACACCGACCCAGCGCGCUGCCACACUAUUCCAGACACCCAACGGGCUGAGUUUCGUUCCUCCGGAGGUGGCGAAGGGUGAGUCGGCUUCGGCUGCCUCGGACAUGUACCAGUUUGGUGUGCUGGUGCUGUGGGUGUGCUGCCCUGCUGACAACUUCUCCAGCACUGACUUGGGUGUGCCAAACCUGGGCAACAUUACCUUGGAUGUUGGGCUGCUAGAGUUCCUGCCACGACUGCUGCAGGCUAACAGCUCCACCAGACCCACGGCUGACAGAUUGCUCCAGCUCAAGUUCUUCAAGGAUCCUCCUGCAGCAAAGGUUCCACUGCCAGACCAGCCCAAGAGCCCUGUCCUUCUUCUCAGUCACGUGCAGGAUCUCAGCAGUAGGAACAUCGAGGUGGAGAGUACACAUCACCUGGACACGAUUUCCAUCAACCAGGCAGGAUCAUCUCCAACCACAGCAGCAUUCAAGCCAGACCACUCGGUUCUACCUCUGCGUACAUGUGUAUCACCGCCUACUAGUGUGCCGGGUCUUCCCACAUCCCCCCCACCACGGAGUCCUGUUGUGAAGGAUUGUCCGACCUCAUUGCCAAGACCUCUCUCCCCACAGCUCACCUCCAUUGCUAGCAGGAAGACCUCACCACUGAUCAAUCUCGCCAACAUCACUGCAGCAGUUAUGAAGGAAACAGAGAAGGUGGAGCCAAGCACGUCUGCUUUGGAGAAGGAGGGAGUCGAAUGCAGUGCUGGGCAGCAGAAACCUAACGCAGAAGCAAAAGAGGUUCCAUCGCCUGCAUCUAAAGAAAGGCUUCAUCAGCAACAUCUCGACAUCUUGAAAGCAAAGGGGGCACAUGUUCUGAUCCAGUAUGAUGUGUCAUCACCUGACUUAUACUCAAGCCCUGCUAGCCUUGAAUUUCCAGCAGCUAGCAAGCCACACAGUGCCACAAAAUCAGCUGAAGAGCCAACAGUGUGUGAUGCAGCCGACGACAAGCCGACUGCUGCAGUCUCCAACCCUCCUGCUGAAUGUGACCCCUCUGAAACAUCCCAAGAUGCAGACCUACCACUGCCAGCGGGCCCUCCUGCUACCUCUAUGUUCACCACUUCCAUGAGGGCUUCCCUGGAGGCAGCCUACCAGUCAUUAGGUCUGCUGAUGUCACCCACAAAGCGCUCUUCUACAUCCAGCCAGCAGUCCUCAUCAGCUACAAACAGCAACACAUCCUGUUUGGAAGAGACGAUGGAUAGUCCGAUCACUGAGUCCACAGAUCUGGAGGCAUCCAUGGCUGGUACUAGUUCCCCUGUGUCCCUGUCACCUCCCCCCUCCCCCCUGAGGACAACCCCAGAGAUGGUGGAGCAGCAGUCCUCUCCUCUGGCAGUCGGGAUGGGCGGACUGUCCUCUCAGCUGACCAGGAGCAUGCCCUCAUCGUACUACAGCCCCAACAAAAACCUUCCUGCCUUGCUGACAGAUACAGGGUUGGAUGGACCUGAUCACUGUGACUAAACAGAGCUGGACUCUUACAAGUUGGGCCCUUAUUUGGGAAAACAACUACCUCAAAGCUGAUUACUUUAAGACCAAAGUCCUUUAUUUGCACAAUCUUAAGUCGGCAGCUUUCUUAAAGCUGACAUAAGUCAUCAACUGGAUGCUUUUGUUCCUAGACAGUUAGUUAUUUCCUUAGAUUUGGUAGCAAAUGCCUUUACUUUUAAGCAUGUGGAUGCAUUUAGUUGUAGUGCUUUGGGUCUUGUCUUUUAAGUGAUGCAUCCAAGUUCGACAGAAAUAGCUAUUUUUAUGAAGCAUUUGAAGUAUGUGUAGGUUUUUUCUGUUGUAGUUUCAUUUAGUUAUAAAGAGCAAACCUAUUCUAUAUAACAGAUGAGAGAAUAUGUUUUGUAGAGAAGGCUAUAUUUGAAACUGAAGACAGACAUGUUUACAGAGUUGGCAAUGUAUCUGAAGCUAAAUGUGAUUUUCUUCUUUUCUCAAGGUUCCCUUUCAGAGGUUCUUUCCUUAUAUGUUAAAGCUAGAGGUAGAUGAUGCACUGUUCAAUCAUGUUGGCUAAAAAGUCUGGUACAAGGUUCCAUUUGUUAUAUAAGCAGCAGGGUAGACAUUUGUUUUCGAUCUGUGCCAUAUAUAUUACCAAAGAAAGACAUUGAAUGUUGGCAUGUACACUACCAGUUGGCAGUAUGCCUACUUCUACAAUCAUUGGAAACCUCAAGAAGUAUUAAAGCAUCCAUUCUUGUUUUGGG